CCCUCUCGCAGAGCUCCUGUGUUCUCUCCUCAAUAAACACCCUCUCUCGGACAAUCAAGGAGAUCUGGUUGCGUAGCACCUUUCUGCGUUUUCACCUCAACAAACACUCUCUGUGUUUUCACCUCGACAAACACCAUCCCUCGGCACACGAUCAAGGAACUCUGUUUCUCAGCUGCUUGCACGCCGCCGCCCUUGCUGUGUUUUCUCACUUCCAAGCAUCCUCUCGGCAUAGGACCAAGGACUCUCUUCUCAGCUGGUUUCGCCUCAUCAUUUCCCUACCAAGGGGCGUCGUCGAUCAAGAUCAAAAAUCAUGACAUCUGGACGCUUUCCCCGGAUCGUGGCAAAUACCUUCGAGUCAGACGACUCUGCAGACAAGCCUGGCAUCUUCUCCGAAAAGUAUCGCGUCUGCACACCGCCAUCGUACCGCAUGCCACUCAGUUCAGAGGCCUAUCAUAGCGUGGAUAGCCUCGGAGAACUCUCCGAAUCGCUCGACAACACCUUUAACCUGGAGAUCGCGCCUCAGCUCCUCGACACCAUUCUUGUACCGAAUGGAAUCUUGAACAAGGAUGACGGAUUACAUGGAACCGUGGACCUGAUGUGGAGGGCGCACUUGGAGCAUCCAGAGUCUCGACUCUUGACCGUUAUGAUCAAGGCGCCAUGGUCAACAAACAAGCGCCGCCCAGGACCUUUGCCCCAUCUCACAACCUGGGAGUACGCAGCAAUGCAAUGCCGAGACUUCGUCAACAACCAUGCCCAAGUCAGCAUGUUUUGCGGUCUUCAGAACAACGGGUUUCUCAUCCAUGUCGAGAUCACCUCAGAAGAAUUGCAUCUCCCUCGGUACUUUGGUGUUGCCUAUGAGUACUUGGAUGAGUAUGACUCAUGGAGGCCUACUAUUCAGGAAGUACUUCAACGAUUUGGACUGUGGUACUACUUGAGCAGGACCAAGAACAGCCUUCUCUACCAGCCCGAUGCCUAUCAAGAGAAGGUGAACCUCGGCAGCAACAUUGGUGUUGGCAAGACGGCCGCGACGGCUAUGCGAUAG